UCCUGUCUCGUCUCGUGCAAUUUAAAUUCUUCUUUUAAAAAUAAACCCUUCUACCCUCACAUCGCAUUGCUAUAUAAGAAUCUCUUCUUUGCAUUUGUUUCGCGCAACGGCCGAGCACAACGCUCAAGUCGUCCCCGUCACUGAAUAUCUGCAAACAACGUCAGUAACGCGACGUCCGGUGCCGCCUGGUGGUGCUAUCCAACUCAUCACGGAUUUUGAACACCAACAUCCGUAUCAAGAGCUUCCUUUCUACAGCAUGGUUGCUCACCGCCGCGGCCCUUGGUCGCAGCACGAAGACCGCUGGCUCAUUGACCUGGUUAGCCGUAACGGGCCGCACAACUGGGUCCGCAUCUCCCAGGAAAUCGGCUCUCGUUCCCCGAAGCAAUGCCGGGAACGGUAUCACCAAAACCUCAAGCCGUCGCUUAAUCAUGAGCCCAUCACUCCUGAAGAGGGAGAAUUGAUUGAGAAGCUGGUAGCCGAGAUGGGUAAGAGGUGGGCUGAGAUUGCGCGACGACUUAAAGGACGCAGCGACAACGCAGUCAAGAACUGGUGGAACGGCGGCCAGAACCGACGGAAGCGCAAUCCUGAGCAGCAAGAUCAGCGCGGCCACCAGCAGAUGCAUCCAUCUCAGCCUGCCUACCACUACCCGUCCAUGGCUCAGACAGUGCCUCACCAAGAGGACGAGACUCCCUCGCACAUGCCGCACCACCUCCCCCCGUAUCCUCAAUCGCGCCGAGCAUCGUUGAACCCUCCGAUGCACUCGCCGCGUGUGCUCAAGCUUCCCCAGCCUCAGGGCUUCGAGCCAUAUCCCGGGUCGCGACCGCCGCCCCUCCAACUCCACUCAUACAACUCCCGAGGACGAGGUUUCGAGACGCCUAUGCCAUCACCUUCUGGCUACUCCAUAGUCUCGGCAGAUGGUGCGCCUUCUCUAAUUACGGACACGGGCUCAGAGUCCCGCUCACCGCGCGGAGCAGCCUCACCUCUCGAUAUCACUCUCGCGCCUUUAGUUGGCGGCAGAGACGAGCGCAGGAACUCAUGCACUCGCUAUCUGCCUCAGACAGGCUUCGCGGUUGAGGACGAUGACCAUACUGUCUACGACCCAUACAGAAGGCGGGGCUCUGUGCAGCUGCCUCCACUCCGCACUGAGCCUCUCGCACCGACGCCUGCUUUCAGGGAACCAGACUAUAAGCCGCACUACAGGCCUGAGAGACCCCAGCUGCUCACCGAGCCGGCUACUCAGCUUGUACACCAUCAUGGUCUCCCUCAUUCUGCGCCACUGUCAGAGCAACGGCCGUUGCCUCCUUUCCACACGCUCGCCGAGCCCGGCCGAGUCCCGCUGCCUUCGCCUACGACCGCAAGCCCGUCAUCAAGGCAGCUUCCAUCGCCUUUUGCGCGCCCCACGCAACCGACUGAGACACGGAGCGCGCCUGUUUCGCCUCGGGAAAAGGCUCAGGAUUCUAGGAUGGACCUGAAGAACCUCGUGUAAACUCCGUCACGAGGCUCUGCACCACUAGCCUGAGGCUCUAGGGCGUCACACCAGCGGUGCAGUCUCGCACUUUCGCGCUUCUUAUCCCCUUCUUCUUGUUCAUAAGCACCUUCAAACCUACUUUGUUAAUGAUCGGCCUUCACUACGGACAUUUUGUCUCAUCUCAUCAUCUGGUCUCACUCUCGCUGGAAGGCUUUCUCUUCUGCAACUACCAAAACGGGACUGGGACAUUGGGCUCCUAGUCAUGACGGCCGCCGAGAUACCCACCAUGUAAGG